UGAAGCACAAGCCGAGCGCAGCCCUGGAAAGGAUCAUUUAUUGCAGCAAGUGAGGCUGAAUACCUGGAACUCGACUGGAAUUCCUUCGUGAAACAAAGGUGUCCACUGAAAUGCACGCGUAAAAUCCGCUUUAACAAUGAGCUGGAAUGAAAGAACCGGUGCGUAACUGAGACUUUGCAGACAACAGACUCGUGCGCUUUGGCACCGGAGAGGAGCGACCACCAAACUUCAGUGAAAACGGAUCCAUUCAUUUAUCACAAAUAGCAUGUUUCCUUGGAGAAUCUGCCAUGUGAGAAUUGAAUAAUUAAAUUCCAGAAUUAGGUGUGGAAAGGGCGCGUGCUGUGCUCAUUUUUGCUCCAUCAGACGGUGCCAAUGUUGGAAUGGCUUGUGGCUGUGUGCAUUGUGAUCCUGGUGGUCUUAAUCUGGCCACGCUCCAACUACUUUGGCUCCGAGAGUCAGUCGGAUGCUUUGCUUCACAGACUGGGCAUUUCACCUCAGGCAGCUAUCGACAAGGCUGGGAGGUGCGUGUCCGAAUCAGAGAGCAGCGACGGCCUCAAAGCGGCUUCUGAGGGCGUCGAGACAAAUGAAAAAACACGCGCAGUGGCACUAAUUUGUAAACCGUCUGCUCUGGCAAACUAUCUCCUUAAACACUGCAGGACUUUCAGCCAUUACUCCCCUUGUGUCGGGUGGACGUGGAGGGCGUCUGCUCUCCUCCAGACUGUGUACCAGACGUGCUGGCCCUAUGACAGUCCGGUCCAGUUCGUGCGUGAUAACCUGCAGCUGAGUGAUGAUGGACUGGUGGCCUUAGACUGGGCUGUGCCAUCCUACCAGAAAAGACGCAGAACUUCCAGUCAUUCCACCAGCCCAGUUCUGCUCAUCGUCCCAAACUCUUAUGGAAAGAUCACCAGAAAUGUGAUAAAGUUAUGUGAAACGGCGCUGUCCCACGGCUACCUGCCAGCCGUUUUCAACCGCCGCAGCCACAACAACACCCCACUCACCACCCUGAAGCUGCAGCAGUUUGGUGACCCUUCAGAUCUUCGGGAGGCUGUGCGCUACAUCCGCUACCGACAACCUGCAGGAAGACUGUACGCAGUGAGUGAGAGCACCGGAUCGGGCCUUCUACUGUCCUACCUGGGAGAGUGUGGAUCAUCCAGCUAUGUGACGGCGGCGGUCUGCCUUUCACCAGUGUUUCGCUGCCAGAGCUGGUUUGAGAACGGACUGUUCUGGCCUCUGCAGUGGGCUUUAGUGCUCUACCAGAAGAUAUGCCUCAGCAGGUACAGGACGGUGCUGGGUGAGACCAUAAGGACGGAAACCUUGUUUUCCAGCUGUUCCCUGCGAGGCAUGGAAGAGGGACUGUUUUGUCAGCCUGUAGACUCCACUCCAGUGACAGGAUCUAGCAGUAGUUGUAAUAGUUCAGGUGUUUGGGAUGCUUACUGGGAACGCAAUGAACCAUUAAGAGAUGUGGACGAAGUAGCUAUUCCUGUUCUGAGCGUGUGCGCACGGGAUGACCCUGUCCGUGGUGACACCCAGUCCACUAUACCCUUAGAACUCUUCGAGACCAACCCACAUUUUUUUCUCCUCUUAACCGACCACGGAGGUCACUGUGGUUUCUCCACCCAGUGCGAGGGGAGCGCCGCUGGUGUAUAUGGUGCAGCCGGUUCUGUGGCAGUUCCCUGUAGCGGGAUGGAGAACCCUGGGACCAACUGGAGCCACAAAACUCUGCUGGAAUUUUUCAGAGCGACCACAGACUUCUUUGCUGCAGAGGAAAGAGCAAAGCAACUCGCUGCACGGAGGCGGGGGGUGGGGGUCGGCGCAGGAGGGAGGUCUUUCCGUCAUCGCAGUAUCAGUACAUGUAAACGAGUGCCAGCGUGUUCCCAUAAUAUCCAUGCCAUUUACAACUGGCAGAGGUCCUAUACACGGUGAGGGACGCUAAUGGACUACGAUGCUGUCUAAUAUAGUUUGAAUUUGGGACAGGAAGGACUCGAGUUGUUUGCCUUACGGUGACACUCAGCCUCAAAGGUUAUGAUAACCAAAAGUUGAGAAGUGCACACACCAUUAAGUGCUGAGCUCAUGGAGUACUUUUGUCAAGGACUUAUUCUCACCGACGUGAUGUUUCCAUAACAGGACACAAAAGCCUCGACAGGCCACAAAUUUGCAUGCAGUUGUUAUGUUUAACUGCUAAACACUGCUGACACUAAAGUCUUAAAAUGGUUGGUGUAUAUAUUUUUCUACAUUGAUACAAGUCUCUUCACUGCCAGCUGCUUAAACUAGUUCUGUCGGAGCUGUAUCAUUGAUCCAUCUAUUCGUCUGCCUUGCAGUUUGCUUCAUUCGCAACCAACAGCUGCAACAUGUAAGAUAUUUAAGACCCUGACACUUACUGUAGAAUCUCAAUGAUGGUUUUUCUAUUACUUAAGGGUAGUAGUGGAGAAAAAGGAUGAGCGUUUUGUGCCUAGAGUAGAAAACGAUAAAAAAAAAUCCACUGAAAAUGUAAAAUUAAUUUAAAUGUCAUAUGAGUUUUAUCUUCUCCUACAAGAGGUUAUUGUAUAUAAUAUUAAAUGUUCUCUUCUUUACUUGGGCCAUGUCCUUUAGUGCUUUUGGGAUUGCCACCGUUCAGAUUGCAGAGGAAAGUCUGUGUCAUGAGAUUAUGAUGUUUUAAUGAGCUGGGUUGCUGAAAGCAGUUUUUCCUGUCUCAUUAUUCAAACUCUGUGCUCAAAGAAGUGCAGACGUUGAAGCUGGGAAUGUAUAAAGCAUUCCUAGAGUCCCAGGAAAGUUAAUUUAGGUUCAUUCUUGCAUAUUAGACACAUAAAACACAACUUUCAACGGCUCAGAAAAGAUACUCUUAUAAAGGCAACUCAUCCAUUUUAACAAGGGAAAAGCCAUUGGGAUCAGUGAAAAGCUGAAGUUCAGACUCAACACUGUCUGGCACUGUUUUCUGAAGUUGUGCUCUGUUUUAUAAACAAUUUGUACACAUGUUAACUGUGUUGUAUUAUGUGAUGGAAUUAAAUAAACGUCUAGCAAAGUGGCCACACUGAC